AUGGUCCCACAGCCGUACCAGGAGUGCAGCACUGACCACUCCAACCUGCAGCUCCCUCCUCUAGCCCACAUGGUCCCACAGCCGGACCAGGAGUGCAGCACUGACCACUCCAACCUGCAGCUCCCUCCUCUGUCAGAGCCCACAUGGUCCCACAGCCGGACCAGGAGUGCAGCACUGACCACUCCAACCUGCAGCUCCCUCCUCUGUCAGAGCCCACAUGGUCCCACAGCCGUACCAGGAGUGCAGCACUGA